CAAGGACCGUUUUCAAGACAUUUCAAAGAGUAAUGAGGACACACCCGUUUAGGAGGACAUUUGGCUGUCCUCGUAAAAUAAACCUGUUUAAACGUUUUCUCUGCAUGUUUUAAUACCUAAAAAGUGUUUUUCUCAAAAGUCUUUUUAUACCAAAAACCUGAGAAAUGUUGUAAAUCUGUGUGUCCGCCACUGCCCCCUAUCGGUGGUCGCGGUCCCUGGUUCACGACACUCAGGCGCGGGAGAUUAUACACAACCGCGGGAGAUUAUACACACAACCGCGGGAAAAUAGACGCUAAUUCAACACUGCGCAUGCGCACAUUUUGGAGAGCGCUACGUGCCUACGUCUGCCAGACUGCCAUCAUCUGAUUCCGUUUCCGUUCUGGAGAUGCACAUCGUGGAGAGCAGGUAAGAAAAUUAACGAAACGUUUUAAUAGAUUCCAAUGACAAGUAGGUAUGUUAGUAGCCCAUACAAUAUGAUUGUGGUAACUUGGUUAAAUGACAUUGAACGACAUAAUGUUAAAAAAUAAAGGCGUAGGUCUACAAUUAACUAAGCUACUGUGUCAUUUAGAUUCCAUAGUAAAUUCCAUUUAUCGAUAGCCUACUACACAGCCCAGAGAUAACGCCAAUAUAAGUCAUAGACUCUAUUCCAUUUUAAUUCCCAGCGAUUCUACCAGAAUAACCUAUUGGUAGGUAAUUUACUUGAUGACCUAGGGCUGUCAGCUGGCUGGCUCGUGCAUGCUAUUGCCAAUGCUAGCCUACAGCAUGGCCACCGGAGCCUCGGUAGUUCAUGGUCUACCUUUAGCCGGCUAGGUAGCCUGGAUGCCAGUGGUGUAGAUAUUUGAACUACCAAAAAUAAAUUAGUCAAAGAGCAAAACACCAAAGUUGGCAGUCAUGCCAUGGAGAACUACUCCCCUUCAGGAUGCCACUAAUCACAUCCUUGCAGGAAGAGACAAGAAUGCAAUGUUAGAAAUCAAAUAUAUUAAUCCAGUUAAAGGUCGUGGUAUCUUCACUUCAGCUGUUUUCAAUCAAGGAGACUUUGUGGUGGAGUAUAGAGGGGAGCUCAUUGAUGCAGCUGAAGCUGAACAUAGGCGUAAACUGUACCACAGUGCAUGUUCAAUCUUCAUGUUUGACUUCAUAUGGAAGCGGAAGACAUGGUGUAUUGAUGGAGCACUUGAAGAUGGAUCAUUUGGACGACUGGUAAACGAUGAGCACAAGUCACCAAAUUGCAGAAUGAAGUUGAUUGAAGCAGGAGGGAAGCCACAUAUGUGCCUUUUUGCACUGAAGGAAAUUGCGUCCGGAACUGAAAUCACCUAUGACUAUGGUGGGAAGGAAUGGCCCUGGCGCAAAAAGGUUCCCCUUACUGUUACAAGCACUGCUGCUCAAGAGUCUAUUAAAGACAGUUUCCAAGACCAAAUCAUGGCAUCCACAGUCUUUAUUGAAGAGACCAGAGAGAGACCAGAAGUCCAGUCCUGCAAUAUGACACCAGGCAGUUCAGCUUGUGAGACACAGCUCAGUGGUGCAAGCUUCCCUUCUGGCCAACACUCCAUUGCAGAGCUUGGUGACGAUGCCCAUGACUUGGAAGCCAAUGUUUUCUCUUCAGACUUAUACAGAGAUGCCGAAUUGAGAGCAGAGUGUCAGUCAUUUAUUCCCACACCAGACAGCCCUGCACAUGAGGUGCACUGUGUCAGGGGCCAGUGUAGCACUUCGACUGCAAACGAGGGGAUUGGAGAAGUUAGUGUCCAGCCGCAGGAGGUGUCACCCCCUGUGUUCUCAACAGACUUUGCCAGUGAGACCAAAUCGAUAUUGGAAUGCCAAUCAUCCAGAUCCACACCAAACGACUCUGCAUGUGAGUGUACAAUUCAUCAGCUGGUUUUUGAAAUGGUGAGAAUUGACGAAUGCUGGAUAUGCCAUUCACCUUUGACAUCUAUCAGAUGGUGCGGUCUAAGAUGCAAACAAUGCUGUGGUGUGUGGCAUAGAAACUGCCUCCAGAAAUCCUCAGAAGACUGGGAUAUAGAUAAGAUAUGGAUACAGGAUCACAGCAACUCCCCGAUGUUUCCACUCUGCAAGACAAUGAAGAAAUAUUGGCUUCUGGCACUUUUGGAUCGCCUCACCUCUCCGAGACCGCAGCUCAAGACAAUGAAGUAAUGUUGGCUUCUGGAACUUGUGGAUCGCCUCACCUCUCUGAGACCGCAGCUCAAGAUGACCUGUGGAACUCUGUCUGUGUGACUUCUAGUUCACCUCAUCUCCCUGACUCAGUCACUCAAGGUUUCCGUGUUUCAUCAAGACGGUGUGUGAAGAGACCAUGGUCUAAGGAGGAGAUACAAGCUGUGAUGAAACAUAUGAGGCCUUUUAUUGAAAACGGUGUCACUCACCAGUGAGCAGUGCCUGAAGUGCAAGGAAAAGGAACACCCUGUGUUGGAGACAAGAUCCAUUCAAAACAUUCGAGAUUUUGUACGCAACAGAGGCUUGACUUUUAAAAGGCAUUCAAAGGCUAAACACUAAAUGCACUUUCGGCUAGCCUGAGACUUGGGUCUAAUUUUUUCUUGCCAUGUUUUAUAAGUUUAUGUCUUGUUCUCAGAAAUGUAGGUCACUUAAUUUAUAUUGCUCACAGGCAGAUGUUUGUUUGUUUUGCUUUGAGGUUAGCCUGGACCUUUUAAUGUAAGGAUUCACUUUUAUUUUGCU